UACCAACUCACAGAACCCUCCGUCCCAUAUAAUCCACGCAAAACCCCUUCCUUUUUUCACCGUAACACCCGUACGCAACGACGAUCGAUCGCCAUCUUGCCGACUUGCCGUGAUCGAUCGCAUCGCAUCGCGCCGCACCAUGACGGUCCCGGUGUCGCUCCUCGUCUCGUCGGGUCUCUGCGUCGGCGUGUCGGCGUGCGUGCCCACGGGCCUCGCGUUCCACGCCUCCUUCGCGCUCUCCCUCGUCUACCUCGUGCGCGUCCUGUCGCCGGAGCUCGUCGACGGCUUCUUCGGCCUGGUGGACGCCGUCGUGCAGGAAGACCUGCGCAACGCCCGCGCCUUCUUCAGAGAUGACCCCUUGAUCGCGCCCAUCUACGCCUGCGCCGAGGAGCAAGCGCGCCGCGCCCACGCGUUUGCCGCGGAGGCGAUCGAUGGCCUGGAGAGGAAGGCGAGGGCGCAGCUGAGCAGCCUGAUGGAGGCGGCGGUCGCGGCGUUCCUUUGGCUCCGUCUGGCCGCCGGAGUAACCAAUCUUCUGGCGACCGUCCUGAUCACCGCUGCGCUCAACGAAGCGAAAAGCCGAGCGCCGUCGGUCCUGAGGUGGAGGGGCGUGAAGGGGUUCAGACCGCCGCCGAGAGAGGAGGCGGAGGCGGUGGCGGCGGCGGCGAACUCCCGCACCAGUCGUGGCACCACGGUGCUCGUCGCAUGGAUCUCGGCGAUCGUCGCGUACUGCACGCUAGUGUUCACCAUCAACGGCAUCUGCAACGGCAUCACGUCGUUCGCGAUGUGCUUCCCAUGCUUCGCCGCGCUCUGCGGCUUUGCGCUCAUGGAGGCCGAGAGGGUUUACCUGUGGGACUCGUACGUCAUCGAUACCAGGGGCGGCGGCAGCAACACGGCCAAUCCAAGACGGCGAGCCGGCAAUGCCGCGGGUGGAGCAAUCACGGAGAAGGACAUGCGGGACGCGUGGGAGUGCCUCUGGUUCGUCAUCAUCAUGAUGCACUGCAUCGACGCCUGCUUCCUCGGCCUCAUGCUGGGGAAGCGGCCGUUUGUGCUCGCGUCCCUGGCCAUCUACAACGUCGCCGCCCUUGCGUCUGCCCGGAAGGCUUACCUGACGACGGACGAAGGCGAGGACGCCGACGGAGCGCACGUGAACGUGAACAAGUGGCACAACGCCGCCAUGACGGUGUUGGCAAUAGACGUCGCCAAGGUCGUUGCCACCUACGUCGUGCUCGACUUUUACCUGGGUGCGCUGUUGUUCGUGUCUCUCGGUGCCAAGGCGGUGUUCUUGCUGGACAGGGCGAUUUACUUGUCGGAUGAGGGUGCCUCGGGGGACGACGACAGCAAUCUUGAGGGUGCUGGCCUAGCCGGGGAAGUCGCCGGAGAAACGGAAGGUUCUGACGACGAUACUCAGGAGGUUGCUGAUCUGGCUGGGGAUGUUGCCGGAGAUGCCGAAGGUUCUGACGACAUUGGUGCAGAGAAUUCGAGUGACAUCGCUGUUUCCGAACAUGAAGAGGAAGAAGACUCGGCCACCGAGAAGCACUCCGAUGUAUCGGAUUCAGAGGAGCAGCGUCGUGCAGAAUCAGACUACAGCAGCAGCAGCGUGGACGACUGGACUUUCGUAGGCGCCGACCCUAUGAUGCCUACCAAUGUUAACGGUGGCGCCAACCGGAGGUUCGGGUUUUUGCCGUAGGACGUGCCUAGGGUGUGAUUCAGUGAUUCACUAAGCAUCUGCGAAGAGUUCUGAGUUUAGUUUAUUCCUUUGACUAAUAUAUUGAGAAUUUUGUAUUAUAGAAAUUUUAGCAAUUUCUAUUACAGAUGAUUUUUAAUAUAAGAAAACAUCGAAAUCUUCUCGUGGA